CUCUCCGCCAGAGACCGCCACCGUUUCCGAGCCAAGCUUCGUGCCCAAGAAGGCGCCCGCUGCUGUCACCUCAAGGAGGCAGCCAGGGGAGAGCAGCAGCAGCGGCACAGGGCAGGCGGGGUGGCCCGGCACGGCCGGAGAACGCGGAUUCUGCGAUCCCCGAGGUUUUAUAAUUGCCACAUCCACCAUCUAACAUUGGAAUGAUCUCGCCAGAAGAUUUCAUCCGAAAGGAUUUUAAGACUGUCCAUGGCUACCCCAUGGUUUGUGCCUUUUCCUACAACUGGGAAAGGAUCGAGCAGUUCCAGUGCAGGCCAGAUGAUAUUUGGAUAAUCACGUAUCCAAAGUCCGGUACCACCUGGGUGAGCGAAAUCAUGGACUUAAUUAAAAGUGAUGGUUAUGUUGAAAAGCAGAAGAAUAUUCCCAUUUUUGAGCGAGUCCCAAUGCUGGAGUCUGCAGCUCCCGGGAUAAUGGCAUCAGGUACAGAGUACUUGGAAAAGGCGCCGUCGCCGCGGUUUGUGAAGACUCACCUGCCCAUUGCCCUCCUUCCCAAGAAUUUCUGGGAGAGCAACUGCAAGGUUAUCUAUGUGGCCCGCAACGCCAAGGAUGUGGCCGUCUCCUAUUACAAUUUUGACCGCAUGAACAAGUUCCACCCCGAGCCGGGCACCUUUGCCGAGUACCUGGAGAAGUUCAUGUCUGGGAACGUGAGCUACGGCUCCUGGUAUGAGCACGUCACGAGCUGGUGGGAGAAGAGGAAAGAUCACCCCCUGCUCUACCUGUUCUACGAGGACAUCAAAGAGGACCCAAAGAGAGAAAUUCGAAAGGUGAUGCAAUUCUUAGGGAAGAAUCUGGAUGAAGAAGCCUUGGAUAGAAUUGCCCAACGCACCUCCUUUGAAACAAUGAAAACUAACUCCAUGGUGAAUUACAAGGCAUUACCAGCUACCUUGAUGGAUCAUGACAUCUCUCCUUUCAUGCGCAAGGGAAUUACUGGAGACUGGAAGAAUUACUUCACUGUGGCCCAAAAUGAGAAAUUCGAUGCAGAUUACAAGAAAAAGAUGAGUGGAACAUCUCUGAAGUUCCGAACUGAAAUCUGAAGAAAUUGGCUCUCUUAUGCCCCAACAGAAUUAUCAGGAUUUCGUUUCAAUAAAAUUAAAAUUUUCUAAUUAAAAUGGUUUUUCCUUAGCCUGGAAAAUAAAAGCAACUACCUGGAUGGUUCAAAGAAGGGCAAUUGUGUAAGAGCAUUCAGCUAAGAAUUGGGAUAAUCUCUAAGAAAAAUAGUUCCUCAUAUGAUCGAUCACGUGGUUCAAGGGGGCUAUGAUUGGGGUUUUGGCAUUAAAAGAUCACUCUACUGCAAAUAUGAAUAACAUGGAAAUGGGUUCUGAAUAAUGCUACAUGUAGAACCUAGUGGAACUGCUUGUCAGCUCUGGAAGCAGGGAGGGAAGAGGGGUGAGAAAAAUCAUGAAUCAUGUAACCA